UAAUCAAGGACAACAGAGCUGGAACUACUGCUGUUCAGACUUCAGAAAUGGCUAGCAAAAGUUCAAUGCCAUCUGCCUGCCCAGUACCUGAAGAUAUACCUUCUGGACUAGACAUUUUUAGAACCAUACCGUAUGCCUUGAUUCUGCCAGAGCUGAUCUUUGGCUGCUGGGUUUGGAUCCUCGUAGCAGCUACCACUGUGCAUUUCCAUCUGCUGCAGGGAUGGGUGAUGUAUGUGUCCGUCAGUUCCUUUGUCAUUUCUCUGCUGCUCCUAAUGGCCUACCUGUUUGGCUUCCACAGAAACUUUCAAUCCUGGAGAAUCAUGGAUAGCCUUUACCAUGGAGCCACUGGGAUUUUUUAUAUGAGUGCUGCAGUCUUACAGGCAAAUGCGACGAUCCGUUCUGAGAAUGAAGUGGAAGAUGCAAAUAUACCCCUCUACUAUCAACUUAAUGCUGCAGCCACAUUUUUUGCCUUCAUCACCACUCUGCUGUAUAUUUUACAUGCUUUCAGCAACUACUACCACUAAAAAUCUCUGGUGAAGAAAAGGAUGAAAGAGAGUGCCAAAGAACUGCAAUUUGUGUUCCAAAAUAAAAUGGUUAAAAUGGAUCUAAGGACCGGGUUCUGUUAAAAUGACGGUCCCUCAGAAAACAAGCAACCUCUUAUUUUAAAUGAAAAAGAUACUGGGCUUUGUGAAGAAUUGUGCGUCAUUCAUUUUAUAUUGAAGCAUUCUGUAUGAAAAUGCAAUAGAAUGAGUAUAACCUGAUCCUCAAUUAUCUGGUUCUUCCCAUUGUCCAAAUUCAUGGUGUGUUCCUCUGCAUUUUCCCAUGAAAAUGCUCUAAUUUACUGAAAACAGUCUUUUUUUUUUAACAUUCUGCAUUCAGGGGACACUUUUCUCAUUCGCUUAUUGAUGGAAGAACCCCUGAAUGUUGCAGAGGAUCAUGAGAUGUGGAGCACCACAGUUGUGUCACAGAGUGUGCCCUAGAACAACACCAAAGCUCUCUCGAGGCGAUACAUCCCCACUUGGUGGUGGACAAACUGUCUUUCAGGGAGGCUUAUGUGCUGUUCAUCUCACUGAGGAACGUUAGUUGUAGAUUUUCCAGGCUGAGGAACUGAGGAACACUUGACAAGAUUCUGAGCAACCAGAAGUUUCCCUUAGCACAACUUGGAAAUCACUUAAUGGUUGGAUGUUGCACUGAGACCAUUAAGAUAAAACAGUUUAAAGUUGUAGUUAUGUUCAGCUUUGCUACAACCAAUAUACUGAUGAUUGUUUAGCAGCUGACUGGUAGGACAGAUUUGCGUAUUAGUUUUUGGCGCAACAGUACAAUCUUGAGAGGAUUUUAAUCUCAUUAGUUUUAUGCUGAAAUUAUUUCUUGGGAUUAUACCUUCAAGUAAAUGUAUGCUGUUGCAAUACUAGAAUAGGACAAAUAAAUUCCCUGAUUUUUGUAAAAGCUAGCUGUACCCUCAUGAGGAGUUCACAAGAAAUUAUUCACCAAAAGAGGGAUCCAUCUCAUGCUGUUCCAGGUCGAAACAUAAUAUAUGAAUUGGCCUUAAAUUACCUUUCAGCAAUUAUGAUAUAGGUAAGGAUUGUCUGUCCUUUGUUAUUAUAUAGCAUUUUUGUUUCAGUGGGAGACAUGAAGUAACUUAUUGGUAAAUUUGUAUGUAUGUUAAAAUUUCUUUCAUUUUGUAUUGCUCUUUUAGUUAACUAUCUUUUGCCAAGACAACAUGACUAACUUUUAUCCGGU